AUGGACAUAAGCAAUGAAGCCUCCGUUGAUCUUUUCCCGAUUGGACCAUCCUCCAUCCUCGGUAGGACCAUUGCCUUCCGAGUUUUGUUUUGCAAGUCAAUAGGUAGCUUAAGAAAUCAAAUUUUCCAUCUGUUGUUGAAGUACAUCUAUAGAUUUAGGGACUUUCUGGGGCCCAUGUUGUCAUGGUUGCAUCCCAGGAACCCACAGUGGAUACUGGCUAUGGUGACAAUCAUAGCAUUUCUGUUGAAGCGAUACACGAAUGUGAAAAUGAGGGCCGAGAUGGCCUAUAGGAGGAAGUUCUGGAGGAAUAUGAUGAGAUCUGCUCUGACUCAUGAGGAGUGGGCUCAUGCUGCUAAGAUGCUCGAUAAGGAGACCCCAAAGCUGAAUGAAUCGGGCUUUUAUGAUGAAGAAUUGGUGCGGAACAAGCUUCAAGAGCUGCUCCACCGUCGUCAGGAGGGAUCGCUUAGGGAUAUCAUGUUCUUUAUGAGAGCUGAUCUCAUAAGGAAUCUUGGCAACAUGUGCAAUCCGGAGCUUCACAAGGGCAGGCUUCAUGUUCCCAGGCUCAUAAAGGACUACAUUGAUGAAGUAUCUACUCAGUUGAGAAUGGUUUGUGACUCGGACUCUGAGGAGCUUUCUCUUGAAGAAAAGCUAUCUUUUAUGCAUGAAACUAGACAUGCGUUUGGAAGGACAGCUUUGCUUCUGAGCGGAGGUGCUUCCCUUGGAGCCUUUCAUGGUGGUGUUGUCAAAACCCUGGUGGAACAUAAGCUCUUGCCACGUAUAAUUGCUGGUUCUAGUGUGGGAUCGAUUAUGUGUUCCAUGGUGGCUACUAGGUCCUGGCCAGAGUUGCAAAGCUUCUUUGAGGAUUCAAUGCAGUCAUUGCAGUUCUUUGAUCAGUUGGGUGGGAUUUUUUCCAUUGUGAAGAGAGUCAUGAUACAGGGGGCUGUUCAUGAUAUCCGGCAGUUGCAAUGGAUGUUGAGGAAUUUAACGAGUAACCUGACAUUUCAGGAAGCUUUUGAUAUGACAGGUCGAAUUCUCGGAAUUACAGUUUGCUCCCCGAGGAAGCAUGAACCGCCGAGAUGCCUCAACUACCUAAACUCCCCUCAUGUUGUCAUAUGGAGUGCUGUAACUGCUUCUUGUGCAUUUCCUGGGCUCUUCGAGGCCCAGGAACUGAUGGCGAAGGACAGAAGUGGAGAAAUUGUUCCAUAUCACCCACCAUUUAAUCUUGGUCCAGACGAAAAGUCAGGCACAUCUGCUCGUCGAUGGAGGGAUGGUAGCUUAGAGAUUGACUUACCAAUGAUGCAGUUGAAGGAGCUAUUCAAUGUGAAUCAUUUUAUUGUGAGCCAGGCAAACCCUCAUAUUGCACCGUUAUUGAGAAUGAAGGAAAUUGUUCGGGCUUAUGGAGGCAACUUUGCAGCCAAGCUUGCUCAUCUUACUGAGAUGGAGGUGAAACAUAGAUGCAACCAGGUACUAGAACUUGGCUUCCCAUUGGGAGGCCUCCCCAAACUCUUCGCUCAAGAUUGGGAGGGUGAUGUCACUGUCGUUAUGCCGGCAACACUCGCUCAGUACUCAAAAAUCAUACAAAAUCCAACGCACGUGGAGCUUCAGAAGGCGGUCAACCAAGGGAGAAGGGGAACAUGGGAGAAGCUCUCUGCGAUAAAAGCAAACUGCGGCAUCGAGCUUGCUCUCGACGAGUGUGUCGCUAUUCUCAACCACAUGCGCCGGCUCAAACGGAGCGCCGAGAGAGCUGCUGCUGCUUCCCACGGCCUCCCCCCCACCGCAGCUGGCAGCAACAACACAGUCAGGUUCAACGCUUCCAAAAGGAUUCCUUCAUGGAACUGCAUUGCCCGGGAGAACUCCACAGGAUCGCUUGAGGACUUCCUGAUAGAUGUCGCCAACUCGUUCCAACAAUCCAUUGGUGGAGGAAGAAAGCAUCGAGAUGGAAGCGACAGCGAGUCAGAGACCAAUAACGACGUGCAUUCUUGGACCAGAUCCGGUGGGCCACUGAUGAGGACUACUUCCGCGGACUUGUUCGUGGAUUUCGUCCAGAAUCUCGAUGCAGAUUCUGAGAUGGGACGAGGGUUGAUGACGGGGUACCCCAACUCUCCAGGAGCUCAGGUUGGAAUGAGGGAGCCUUAUACUGUCCAUACCUCCCCCAACUCCCCAAGUGCACAGGUCGGAACGAGGGAUCCUUACACUAACCAGACCUCACCCAGGGACACAGCGUCGACCAGUGGCUCGAGCAUAACGGUAACUGAAGGCGAUGUCAUACAUCCCGAAAGGAUUCAUAACGGGUUUGUGUUGAAUGUGGUGAAGAAGGAAGAUGUGGAGACGAGGUGUCAAAGGCCUCAUAGUCAGGGAACUUGUGGAACUGAUGUUCCUGAAUCUGUUAUGCUCGAUUGUCCUGAGAAAGAUACGGAUGCCAGCUCGGCAUCUGAAUAUGCUGCUGAUAACGACGACGAUGGUAGUCCAGCGGACGAUGAAGCUUCACCUACUGGUGAUGCUGAUGAAUCUAGGGUCCCUGGGCAUAGCCGAGAUUUGGUUAAUGCCUAA